AAUCAUUAACGUUACGAGUUAUUUCACUAAUUUGACAGACCGCUGUUGAACUGUCUUCCCGACACUUGGCUCUGACUGGAGCCUUUAUUAACCCGCGAGCUAACGGUCCUAGCUUGUACUAGCUUGUGAAUGCGGCUAGCAGUAGGCUAGCAGCCAUAAUGUUGAAGGCCAGUUUUAUAUACAUAAUCGAAAGGCGUAGUGUCGUUGAAUUAGUCAUUCACUAGAAUAUUUUUUCCAAAUGCUUUGUGCGAGAGGGGGAGAGGGGGUUGAUGUUACGUGCUAAUCUUCGCACUUACUGUUAGCUUAAGCAUUGUUCACAGCACGUUGCCUCGUAGAUCCUUGCUAGCUAGUUAGCCCGAUUAGCUGCUGUCAGAUUUUUGGCACCGCCCAUACUGGAUGGUUAUCAGUAUGUGCGUGUUGGUAAGCCGAUGUUAGCGUGUAGAUUCAUGUGAUACUGUUUCAUCGGUGGUUCUGUUACUGUCAGAGGCAGCGAUGGCCAUUUUACAUUAUAUAAAUGGAGAGAUGCUAACUUUGGCUGUCGAAGCGUAGCCUAGCCCAGCUGCCAUUAGCAUGCCAGUGCCUCAUCGGCCUGCGCUUUCUUAAUACCAGUGUUGCUAGUGAUCAGUUGGAGAAAACUCAGCUGGUCUGUCACUCUGAUUUUCAUAGCUGACAUUUGUCUCAGUUCAAGUGAAAUCAAAGGUUUUACAUUUUAAUACUGUUGGUUUGAGACAAUGUCAUGAUGAAAAACGUCUCACAAAUAGAUGUAUGAUUAAAGCAGAGCUGUUACAAUUAACUGUAAGGACUUUGAUUAAAUGCAGACCCGGGUUUGCUGAUGAAAUACAAUCGACACUGCUGGUUUACUUCAUUCACGUUAUAGAGGAAGGAGUUGCCACUCGGUAAUGGACGCCAGUAAAGGUAAAGGGGAUCAAGGGAUGCAAAAUCCAGGUGGGCAAAUGGACAGACCUGUCAGCAUCCACUUCUUGGAAAGCAUGCUUCCCAAAGCAGUGAAGAGGCGAGUGCAUGCCUUGAAAAGGCUACAAGUGCAGUGUGCUAACAUAGAGGCUAAAUUCUACGAGGAAGUCCAUGAGCUAGAGAGGAAGUAUGCUGCCCUCUACCAGCCACUGUUUGACAAGAGACGAGAUAUUGUCACAGGAUCAGUGGAACCCACAGACGCGGAGUGUGAGUGGCACAGUGAUAGAGAGGAAGAGGAGGAGCUAGCUGAGGAAGUAAAGGAAAAGGCUGCAAUUGAGGAUGCAAGGAAAGAGGAAGCCACGCCAGAGGAAGACCCAAAAGGCAUUCCUGAGUUCUGGCUCACUAUAUUCAAGAGUGUGGACAUGCUCAGUGACAUGCUCCAGGAGCACGAUGAGCCUAUCCUAAAGCACCUGAAAGAUAUUCAAGUCAAGUUUUCUGAGCCAGGACAGCCAAUGAGCUUCACAUUAGAGUUUCACUUUGAGUCCAAUGGUUACUUCAACAAUGCAGUCCUCACUAAAGUCUACAAGAUGAAGUCAGAGCCUGAUGCCUCAGACCCUUUCUCAUUCGAGGGGCCAGAGAUCAUUGACUGUGAAGGAUGUCAGAUAGAUUGGCACAAGGGGAAGGAUGUGACAGUGAAAACUAUUAAGAAGAAGCAGAAGCAUAAAGGCCGUGGCACUGUUCGCACUGUUACCAAACAGGUCCCCAACGACUCUUUCUUCAACUUCUUUAAUCCUGUCAAAGCUUCACCAGAUGAAGAAAUGGACGAAGACUCUGAAUUCACUCUAGCCACAGACUUUGAGAUUGGUCAUUUCUUCCGUGAGAGAAUAGUUCCCAGAGCAGUGUUGUAUUUCACCGGAGAGGCCCUGGAAGAUGACGAGAGCUUUGAAGAGGAGGAGCUGGAAGAGGGAGAUGAAGAGGAGCAAGACGAGGACGGUGAUGAUGACGAUGAUGAUGGAGACUUUGAACCCAAGAAAGAACAGCCCCAGCCUGCCGAAUGCAAACAGCAGUAACCACGGUGAUCAGGGGAGGUGGAGACCUGCUGUCAGUCAAUUCAGUUCUUAGCCAAUCAGCAAGUCCUCCUACUCUUACAGGCUCUGCCCUUUUAUGAACUCUCACCUGAACGCAAUAGAACGCAAACCAAACUGCGUUUUUACUAUGUGCAUGACUUCUUUUUCUUUCGUCUUGCGACCAUCUCACCCCUUUUUAUUUGGCUUCAUUCAGACUCAAAGCAGGAAGUUACUUGACUCUAAUUCAAAUACCAUGGCAUCACAUAGGAACAGUUGUCUUCUUCUUUGGCAAGGGGGAGUAGGUUACUACUGCCAAAACACUCAGAACAUCAUCAUCUGUAAAAAAAAGAUAGGAAAGGAAUGGAUCCCAACUUUAGUUUCAUGGAAAUAAAUCAGUUACUCAGGGUUUUUUAACGCCAACAAGAGAAGUGAUAGUUAACCAGGAAACUGCUGAACAAGUUUUACUUAAUCUUUCACUGGGGUUGAAGUGUUUUUCUUUUGUUAUGGUGUUUUGUUUUGUUUUUGUGUUUUUUUUAAAGAGACAUACAAUGUAUCAUUUUGAAUUUAAUUUACUUUUUUUUUUUUUUAAUGUUCAUUGUCAUGUCAUUGGACUAUUUAUUCUGGUGUCAUGCAGCUGUAUGAAGUGGUGCGCUUUGGGACCUCUCUAAGGCCCAGCCACAGUUAUAGGCUCCUUCUCAUUGGCUCAAACAUUAUUUGGGCUUAGCAGGUCAACAAGACGUGAAUACUGCCAAGUAGUGUUUUCUAUGAUCAAAAUACAUUUCAAACUGAGAAAAUCUGUUGCCAAUUGAUAAUGCUCACUUCUGCCCAGGUGUACUGGGUUUAACAAGCAUUUAAACUGAGCACUUAAGUGGACACGUAACACUAAUUAAGAUCACGUGACAGGCGUGUGGUUAUACCUUGCAUAUAACCUCAUAUAUUACUCUCCUCUGUUUGCACCAUGACCUGUUUAAAUUCUCUUUUAACCUGUGUUACACGGAUACAAAGAACAAUUUAUGGAAUUAAGACAAGACUUUUCCAAGCCUAAGCAUCACAUGUAGGCUGGUAAAAUAUUUCCUUAGAGAUGACAGAUUUAAGCACUCACAGUGGCUGACACUCAACAUUUUGUGGUUUAUAAGAUAUCUCUUCUGGUAUGUGUUUAGUUCUUAAGAAAUUUCAUCUAGAGUCAGUGAUGGGACAGGGUGCAGGAUGUUUGGAGCAAAUAUAAAUUCUGUUGCCAAGAAGCUAAAAUAAAAGACAACACACACCGUCCUCUUUUAUUAAAUUGUUUGCCAAUUGUCAUUAACACAUUGUAAUCUAAGUCAAUGUUUAAAGUUGUUUAAGAAUAUAUAAAUAUUUCUUUUAUUGUAUGACGAUUAAGUAAAAUGUCUGGAUAACAAGUGGAAGAGGUUGCCAAUAUAUUUUAUUCACUGCUCUUGGAUUUUGGCCAUUUCGUUGGACCCCUUAGCCUGGUGGCUGGCGACAGCAGAAUAAUACCCACCCUUUCUCUCUUUUUAAUAAGAACGAUUGUAGAUCUUGUUGGAUAGAUCUCCCAGAGCCACGGUUGACAUCUUCAAAUCUACCACAUUGGACCGUGUGCUAGCAAUGGCCUUAAGUGGUUCUUAUUCACAAUUUGUUACUUGCGCAAUAUUUCUUUUCAAUUUGUACAGAGUUAGUUAAAAUAUUCUAUUAAAGUUGUGCAACAUGGAAAUGUCUUUUCUAUGCUCUUUGUCUUUGGUGUGUGUUUGUGUCGCAAUCUGUCGGUUUGCAAGUAG